UACAGACGUUCUAUGCUCUCUAGGGAGGCUGGACUCGUUACGCCGAAAAUAUUCAAAGCUUUUUAACCAGGAGCAAAACAGUUUAGAAGACAGAUUCAAAAGCCGCUAACCACUAAUGAAGUCUUUAUUUGGGUUGUUCCCGUAUCAUCCAAACAUGAUUGGACUGGAGUCACUAGCGGACCCCUCGGAUACCUGGGAAAUUGUUGAUACCAUUGGUAAAGGAACCUACGGGAAAGUUUACAAAGUCAGCAACAAGCAUGAUGGUAGCCUCGCAGCCGUGAAGAUCUUAGAUCCAGUCAGUGAUGUGGAUGAGGAGAUAGAGGCAGAGUACAAUAUUCUGCAGUCGCUCCCCAAUCACCCGAACGUCGUCAUGUUUUAUGGAAUGUUCUACAAGGCGGAUCAAUAUGUGGGUGGACAACUCUGGCUUGUUCUAGAGUUGUGCAAUGGCGGAUCUGUGACUGAUCUUGUGAAAAGCAUCUUGAAGUGCGGAGAACAUUUGGACGAAGCUGUCAUCUCAUACAUUCUUUAUGGAGCUCUUUUGGGUCUCCAGCAUUUGCACAACAACCGAAUCAUCCAUCGUGACGUCAAGGGGAACAAUAUUCUUCUGACAACAGAAGGAGGAGUUAAGCUGGUUGACUUUGGAGUCUCCGCACAGCUAACAAGUGCCCGUCUACGUCGGAACACGUCCGUUGGAACGCCUUUUUGGAUGGCGCCAGAGGUCAUAGCGUGUGAGCAGCAGUACGAUUACUCGUAUGACGCACGAUGUGACGUUUGGUCCCUCGGAAUAACGGCUAUAGAGCUGGCUGACGGAGAUCCGCCUUUGUCUAUCAUGCACCCGGUGAAAGCUCUCUUCAAGAUUCCCAGAAACCCUCCCCCAACCUUACUUCAUCCUGAAAAAUGGUGCAGAGGAUUUAGCCACUUCAUUUCACAGUGUCUUAUUAAGGAUUUUGAAAAGAGGCCAUCAGUCAUUCAUCUGCUGGAGCAUCCAUUUAUCAGACAAGCACAUGGCAAAGAAGUAGCCUUACAAAGACAGCUGGCCAAACUCAUUCAGACACAACAACAGUCCGGCUCCAUGGCUAAAACGAGGUAUGAACGAAUGAAUACCAGGCGGCAAAAUGUUCUGCAAACCAAGGAAAACAGCUGUCUGGAUGAUGAUUUAGUGAAUCUGGAGGUUUUGGAAGAGGAAACCAUAAUUCAUCAGUUACAGACACGUUAUGCGGAUUUACAGAUUUAUACAUAUGUUGGUGAUAUUUUAAUAGCUUUAAACCCCUUCCAGAAUCUCAGCAUUUACUCUCCCCAGUUCUCCAAGCUUUAUCAUGGGGUGAAGCGUUCUUCAAACCCCCCGCAUAUAUUUGCCUCUGCGGAUGCAGCGUAUCAAGGAAUGGUUACUUUUUGCAAGGAUCAGUGCAUUAUCAUCAGCGGAGAGAGCGGAGCUGGCAAGACGGAGAGCGCGCAUCUGAUUGUGCAGCACCUGACCUUCUUGGGAAAGGCUAAUAACCGUGCCUUGCGGGAGAAGAUUCUACAAGUCAACCCUUUGGUUGAAGCCUUUGGAAAUGCAUGCACCGCCAUCAACGACAACUCAAGUCGGUUUGGAAAAUACCUUGAAAUGAUGUUUACACCAACUGGGGCUGUCAUGGGCGCAAAGAUUUCCGAGUAUCUACUAGAGAAAUCCCGUGUCAUAAAGCAGGCUAUGGGCGAGAAAAACUUCCAUAUAUUUUAUUAUAUUUACGCUGGACUCCACCAUCACCAGAAGCUGGAGGAAUACAGCCUUCCAGAAAAGAAACCUCCCCGGUAUAUUGGCAAUGAAAGCGGUACCGUAAUGCAAGACAUUAUCACUAAGGAAUCAUAUAGAAGACAAUUUGCAGCAAUUCAACAUUGUUUUAGGAUUAUAGGGUUCAGUAAUGAGGAAGUUCAUUCAGUAUACAGGAUUCUGGCUGGAAUAUUAAACACCGGAAACAUUGAAUUCACAUCAAUUUCCUCUAAGCACCAGACAGACAAAAGUGAGGUUCCAAAUGGAGAAGCGUUGGAAAAUGCUGCUGCUCUUCUCAGCAUUGGUGCAGAGGAGCUUCAGGAGGCUCUAACCUCGCACUGCGUAGUCACAAGAGGAGAAACCAUCAUCCGCACAAACACCGUGGAUAAAGCUGCAGACGUCCGUGACGCUAUGUCCAAAGCGCUCUAUGGCAGACUCUUUAGCUGGAUAGUUAAUCGCAUUAACUCCCUUCUCCAGCCUGACAAAAAUAUAUGCAAUGUUGAAAGCGGUAUGAAUGUCGGCAUUCUAGAUAUUUUUGGAUUUGAGAACUUCAAACGAAACUCCUUUGAGCAGCUUUGCAUUAACAUUGCCAACGAGCAGAUUCAGUUCUAUUUUAAUCAGCACAUUUUUGCACUGGAACAGAUGGAAUAUCAGAGUGAAGGCAUUGAUGCUGCACUGGUGAAGUAUGAAGACAAUCGGCCCCUUUUAGACACCUUUUUACAGAAACCUAUGGGACUUCUGUCAUUGCUAGAUGAAGAAAGCAGAUUUCCUCAAGCAACGGACCAGACAUUAGUUGAUAAAUAUGAAGAUAAUCUGAGAUGUAAAUACUUCUGGCGACCAAAAUGCGUUGAACUGUGUUUUGGAAUUCAGCACUAUGCUGGAAAGGUUCUUUAUGAUGCAUGUGGGUUCCUUGAGAAGAACAGGGACACUCUGCCAGCGGACAUUGUAGUCCUCCUGAGAACAUCAGAGGACAAACUGCUACAGCAGCUGUUCUCAAGUCCACUGACCAAAACAGGUAACCUGGCACAGUCAAGAGCAAAAGUCACAGCAGCAUCAAGGUCAUUACCACCUCAACUAAAUGCAGGACGUAUUAAGGUGGAUACAAUGGAAAUGAUGAGACAUCCAGAGGAGACAACGAAUAUGAAAAGACAAACGGUGGCCUCAUACUUUAGGUAUUCCUUGAUGGAUCUUCUAUCCAAAAUGGUUGUUGGACAGCCUCAUUUUGUCCGUUGUAUUAAACCAAAUGAUGACCGAGAGGCAAUGAAAUUUUCUCGGGAACGGGUACUCAUGCAGCUGCGCUACACAGGAAUUCUGGAAACCGUUAAUAUCCGAAGACAGGGGUAUUCCCACAGAAUUCUAUUUGAAGAAUUUCUGAAACGGUAUUAUUAUCUUGCCUUUAAAGCACAUCAAAACCCACCGGCAACAAAAGAAAGUUGUAAAGCGAUUCUAGAAAAGGCAAAACUCGACAAGUGGGUCCUAGGCAAAUCUAAGGUGUUCCUAAAAUACUAUCAUGUUGAGCAAUUGAACCUCUUGUUACGGGAAGUUAUUGGCAGAGUGGUGGUGAUGCAGGCUUACACCAAGGGAUGGCUCGGAGCAAGGAGAUACAAGCGCAUGAAAGAGAAGAGGGACAGGAGUGCCACAUGCAUUCAGUCAGCAUGGAGAGGAUAUUACGCCCGAAGGAAUUUCCAGGAAUUGAGGGCCAGGAGAAAUGGAGCAGCAACUGUCAUUCAAUCAGCCUUCAAGGGAUAUGUUGCCCGAAGAAACUAUAUUGGAUUAAAGAAUAAUAAGCGGGAUGCCUGCAAAGAUUCCAUUUCAAACAAUGAACCAGAAAACUUUAAACCGAACAUUGGUAAAAGGCAGGAGGAUUACGAUACAGGCUAUUUCACCGAAUCGAACGGCACGGACAAUCCGACAGACAAGGAGUCGCCAUUGUCACAUACGAGCAAUACAAACAUGUUGGAGAAUACACCGCGAGUGACUGCAAAUCAUCGCUUAUCAAGCAGCGGGUCCAGAUUAAGUACAGGUUCCGAGAAGUAUCUUGAGAAGAAACAAAGGACAACCCGAAGACGUUGCCAACAACCGAAAACUCUAAACAGCCCAGAGGACAGCUUCUAUUACAAUCAGAUUAAUGGAACUCUAGAAUAUCAAGGGAGCAAGAGGAAGCCGAGAAAACUUGGCCAAGUCAAAGUACUAGACGGGGAGGAUGAGUAUUAUAGAUUAUUGUCAGCGGUCGAUUCGAUUCCUGAGGAGGAGCUGUCUCUCAGUAAUGUGUUGACCCAAGAAGGAGUGUUUUUUACCCCCAGCUGAAAUGCCGUGUCUGAAUACAGAUUGCUUCGAAAUGGGUAUAUUUCAUUGAAGAACAAAAGAAGAAUUAUGAAAGUGAAAAGAAGAUCACAAAAUGCCUAAAACUAAAGAAUUGAUCAUUCACUAUUUUUUUUUAAAAAUGAUCAUUUUUUUCCAUUAUCUGUAAAUCAACAUCACUAUUAUCACUACUAUUGUAUAUUUUUUUAUUAUUUGUAUAUUUGUCCUAAACAAUAUUUUGAGAAAAUGUUUUUGCAACUUUAUUAUUAAAGAUUUAGUUUAAUUGCUUGUGAAAUCAGUAGCAGGGUCUUGGAUUCCAAAGCAGAGGGUUUAAAGUGCUCCAAGCGGUAGGUUUUUCCUGUAGGGUUAUGAUAGUUUUACUUAUUAUGGCAGCUAUUUUAGCCAUCACA